CAUGGCGGUCAUGGCUGUCAGAAUCGUCAAAACGAGUUUGGUGCGUCGUAGUGUUAUCGAUAACUGUCUUGCACUUGACAAGUGUUGCGUGUGAUAUAAUAAUCGGAGAGUAGUGACAAUAGUGCAAACUGAGUUAAUCCAUGUUGAGAUGAAGUUACGGCGCGUCAUAUAUGGCGCCGCGCGAAAAUUACGCGACGGAAACUCGCAGCUCGCCCCACACGGGCCCUGCGCUCAUUCGGACUAAUAAUCAAUGGCUUUAUUUGAGAAGAGGUAUACAAAUAAAGUUCUGCUAGAUGAUACAGAAAAAUUAACGAGUGUCAUCGAAAAUGCCAGGACGAUCGACGGACAUACGGAAUAUGUGAUUAGGACACAACGAGGCCCGCUUCCUGAAAGAUCCUGGCGAGUUUGCAGACGCUACAAUGACUUCGUACAGCUCAACGGGGCUUUAUGGGCUUCCGGCCUCAAUUUACCAUUGCCCCCAAAGAGGAUUAUCGGUAACAUGGAACCAGACUUCGUAGCUCGACGACAAGUUGCUCUACAGAACUAUCUAAACGUGGUACUAAUGAAUCCGAUAUUGGCGUCGUCUUUAUCUAUGAAAAAAUUUCUCGACCCUGAGAAUUACACGGCGCCCCUGCAUGAAAUUGCACUUCAGCAAGUGUCCCUGGCCUUACGCAGCGAUGCGAAUUACGAAGUCGGAAAAGCCAUUCCGGACAUGGGAUGGCGGUUAAGGAAACAUUAUUACACCGUGAAAAACAGGCAAAAUCCAAAACAGGAAUUGCUUCUCGCCUGGGUGGAAUUCGGGCCGGACAAACAUUUGCAGGACAAGGACAUGCAGGGUGUCUUUAAAAGUUUAAGCAGUCUGAAACACGCACACGUAGAAGGAAUUGUUCACCAACACGUUACCGAAAACGGAGCCUUGACUAUUCGAAACUUCCACGCAGAUGGAACCUUGAGGGACAUUUUGUGCAAUUCGAAGCCCAAGCAGCCUUUUAUUAAAAAGUACGGAAAUCCGAAGCAGACAAAAUCUUUACCUGUUGCGGAUAUUGCUACAUAUGCAUAUGAGAUCUUGGAAGCUCUGUCCUUUCUCCACGAAAAAGGAUUGCCUUACGGACAUUUACACACUGGAAAUGUCCUUCUCUCGUUUUCAGGUGCCAAAUUGUUGGAUAUUGAAAACGGGCUUCUAGGACUCCCUGCGUUUUAUCGGCCUUAUGUGGUUCAGAGGCGAAAACUCCACGCGACGACUCAAGUAGAUGUUUAUGCAUUUGGACACGUUCUGUAUGAAAUGGCCUUUGGAAGGCCCUUGUUAGAAGCCACCUGUUCAGAUCUUUCUCACUGUGAUUCAAGUCUAAAGAACCUGUUAGAUGUAAUUCUCUCUCCGGAGGCGUUGAAGCAAGAUUUGCCGACAGUUCCUCAUUUGAUGGAGCAUCCGUUUUUCGAUACUGCAAGAAGAACUGCUAGGGCCAACGCUGGUGCCAUAGAAAAGCCACAUUUUAAGUUGAGCAGCCAUCUCAAAGAUGCUUUACUCGAAGCCUCGAACAAAGCGGAACAGCGACUCAGGGACGAGCAGAAGGUCGCUCGACACCAAAAGAGACUCGUCAAGGUCCAGGAGAUGAUGAGUUCCGAGGAGGAAAUGAAGAAGCGCAAGCAGAAAUUGAAAAAAGAACAAAAGCUGGCCCAAGAACAACGUUCUAAUCAGUUAGGAACGAAUGGAACAAAGCAGGUGGUGAAUGGAAAAAGUCCUGAGAGGUCUGAUAGUCCAACCAGUACUUCAACAGCAACAAGUGUUGGCACCUUGACGCCUCCAUCGCAUGGUUCGUCAGAACUGCAAAACAACAAGGAUCGAUGUCCAGCUCCGCCACCGAUGCCGACAGCGACAUCUAGAAAAAUUCUUCCUCCUGUAGCAGCGGCGUCAUCAAAUGAGCGUACAGCUCUGCUGGGCAGCAUCUGUAUGUUUGACAAGGAUAAACUCCGCAAAGUUUCCAAUGGCGUCCAUUGACGUUAGGUAGAUAUUAAAUGAAAGAAUUAAAUCUUUUAGCCUAGAACGCAUUCCAAAUUUAGAACGCAAUGUUUCUCUCGCUGAUAUAUCAGUCAAAUGUUCUGUAAUGAUGGGGCAGAUUACAGAUAUUUUUUAUUCAAAUCUUCCUAGAGCGUUUGUAUUAAUACUAUUUCAUAGUGACGAUCAGAGGCGACUGGGAUGGCAAGCGGUGACUGUUCUAUAUGAUUUUUUAAAAAUGAUUCUAAUGACUAGAUAUUGUCGAUGUUAGAUUCAAGAUUCUUUGAUGAGAGAAAUUUUAAGACUGCUCGAUUUUUGUAUAGUGAGAUGAACAAUUUCUCUUGUUUCGUUCUUUUCAUUGAUUUGAACGAAUUGCUGCGAUUAAUCUGAGUUGGCUUACAAUAUUAAUGUAUGUUUUUUGUUUCGUUUUCUUUUUUCGAUGGGAGUACGAUAGUUCAAUAUGUUGCCUGUGUGUGUAAAGUCUUAAGUUGUUAUCCACGCUUCGUUUCUAUAGCCUCCAUGCGCGAAUGUGCCAGUAAUAGAAAUUAAUUCACCGCUGGAUUUCGAUAAUUCAGAGGAUAUAUUGUGCUCCUAGAAAAAGACUGCAAUAUUCUGAUUAAAUGCUUAUAAAGUAGAAGUAAGUUGAAAUGAAAAGCGGAGUUGAGAAAUGGACUAAUUAUGUAAUGUAGCUUUCAAAGUAAAAUGUUUCAGAAGUCAGAUUUCUAGACUUUGCGCCCUUUUUCUAGAAAAUUUAGCCAGCGAAAGUUUGUGAGAAGCCUUUUUCCGAGAUUAUUCUUAAAAUAACACAUAUCACUUUUUGCUACUGACACCCACAGAUUCCUCUUAGUCCUGAGAGAGUAGACUAUCUUAAUUAUUCAAUCCAAUUCAUAGAAUACAUUUGUUGUAAAUAUAUAUGUACUCGUUAGUGGUGUCAUUAAUCAUUCAUGCAUGGAGACGAUAGAAGAGAAUUUUUAAGUAAUACGAGUUAAAGGAGUUUUGAGCAGAUUAGAUGAAGUCUGG